CGCACUCCUUCUCAAGCCUACAGAAAUGGCUCCUCCUCUCCUUUGCCCUCGGUCGUGCUGAGCCGUGAAUACAUCCUUGAGGCUCUUGGCAAAUCUUCGGACGACGGUGCCACGCUCGACUUCGCGCACAAGGGCUUGACAGAUGUGGGGGAGGCAGGUGCAGAGGAGAUUGCUACCGUAGGUCAGGAAGCGGGAAGCAGCUCGACAGUCGUGAGGUAUGGGCCCAUGUCCUAAGGCGCAUGAGGAGAAUGUUCACAGCACGCUAGGAUUGCACUCGCGUACAAUCGACUGACUACGCUGCCCAUGGCGUUUGCGCUCAUCGCACACCUACGGUACCUUGUCCUCAAGAACAAUAACUUUUCGGUCUUUCCUCAUGUCGUACUCGAAACAAGAUCAAACGUCUACCCAGUGAUCCAGGUUCCCUCAUUAACCUGCGGGUCCGUCGUAUUCUCCAUCCUUCGUAACAGAAUUCAGAAACUCCCUCCGUCAUUCGUUCGCUUCCAAGAGUUGACCUUGUUCAAGGUCGAUGGUAACCCACUCGAAUGGCCGCCGAAGGCCGUCAUGGAUUCCUCUGAGAAUCUGGAUGAUCCUCAGGUCAUGAAAGACUGGAUCAAGCGGGUGCAGAAGUGGAUUGAAGAGCAUUCACCCAGCCGGAAGAUGAGCGAAGACUCCGUGCGCCUCGAUCGUCUCCGCGACGAUUUUGAUGUGAUCAGCGAAUACAGCCUGCAAGCUGCCUCGAUGGCCUCGUCUUCCAGGGAAGAACUUCACACAUCCGCUUCUUACCACGCCCGUUCCUAUUCCGCGGAGUCGGAGAUGUCGACAUACUUCCAGCUCGAUCGUUCCCAGUCGAGUAGUGAACCUUCAAAGCCUCGUUUGAAUUGGCCUCCACGGUUGCAGUUCAGCAAUGGCUUCCCGACGAAGAGCGCGGCGCCGUCGCCAUCGCGCUCUGUCGGUUCAGGUUCGCCGGAUUCCUAUUAUCCCCUUGAUGAAUACAUACCAUCUGCGGAUGAGGACUCACCAAAUGGGGGUCUUGAGCAUCUGGCCGCGAAUAGCCUGAUCCAGAAGGAGGCCGUCAGUGCCUCCAGGACCUCCAGUAUGACUAGUACGCUAACUGUCAGGAAGGGUUCGCUGGACGCACGGCCAGCAAAAUUACAACUAACUACCAGCCUUGACAACGCUGAUUUACCACCACCACGCCCCUCUUCUUUCAUAGUGCAUCCAACAGCGCGGCCAGGUUCCUCGCCGAAUCGUGGGCCGGGCGACUCAGCCUCAGCAUCACCUAUCACAGCAGCACCGGAGCGUCCCGCGCCUGCUAUGGACAAGAAACGCAAUGCCUAUUUCCGACGACUCUCUGCGUUGACCCCGCUCAACCUGUCCAAGACUAUACCAGAGGAUCUCCUCGCCCUCGUCGAUGCCGUGAGGAUCUACCAGACCUUCCAACAUUACACGGUCUAUGCCAUCGACGAACGCCUCUCCGCGGUGCUCAUGAAAGUGCUUGACCCCGCGAGUGUCUACAUGACACAGCUCAUCACCGCUCUGGACCGCUUCGACACGAUGAGUCGACGGACGGUGCCUCCUCCAAGCGUAUGCAGAGCAGUGGUGGAGAGCUGCAGGGACAACGUGACGGUGUUUGGGAAGGCAGUGGGGGUGCUGGCGGUGCAGCUGAAGGUGCUCGCGACGCAUGACGAUGUGCGUUAUACGCGGCAGAUGCUGCUAACGCUCUACGGCGCGAUGGCAGAGAUUGCAGCGUCAUGGCAGGCCAUGGCGAGUCGUAUCGAAGCUGUCAGGCCUCUCCUCUGGGAGGGCAGGCCGCCACCAGUGGGGAAGAGCUACGCAGCGCAGACACAAGUCUCGCGCAUCGUAAACGGCCAUGGGGCCGACUCGUCUAGGUCACCAAUCUCUGCACCCGCGCACGGCUCUUCGUCCUUUGCCUCCCGCUGGAUCAACCGCAACAAGACGCGCAUGUCGCGGCGUCAUGCAGGGUCCUUCAGCUCGAGGGAUGUGGAGAAGGGGAGAUGGAUACCGUCAAAUGACAUCGUGCCGUCAUUGGCCGCGGGCGUGCUGACCGGCGCAGCGCCGCCAACGCCUGUGCUGCGCACGCAGAGGCGGAUGGCGAUGACGCCCGUCUCUGCCCCGGGGCAUUCGUUCUCGGGUAUCACUGUGAAUGGCUCGCACCAUACGAAUGGUUCUGCCACCGCGGGAGUCGGCCAAACACGAUUCAAUGUGCAUUCGCGAAACGGCUCUGGGUCGUCUGUCCUUCCAUCAUCCGCGUCUAUGCUCGCGUUGAAGAUGGCACAACUGGAGGCUCCGUCGAGCACAAGCACAUUGGUCGACAACGAGGCAAUCGAGGCGAUGAAGCAGGCCCUGGACGCUGCGCCAACGAUCUGGAGGACAAUAGCGGAGAUUAUGGAGGGCAAGGAGGAUGAUCAGGAGGAGCUGAAGGACACACUUGCGAAGGCAAAGGAUACGGUAGAACGGCUCUCGAAGAACAUAGAUGCACUCCAGGAUGGCACAGCGUCCGUGGACAAGCUGUCCAAGCCUCUCCAUGACGACGCACGCGCUUUCGCAAAGAUGGUCAUCCAAUUGUCCAGUGCUAUCAAGACGCGCAUUGAGGCGCACCCACUGUCCGCUGAGCUCCGCAGCAAGAUUGGGAAAGUAACCAGUGCGACCGAGGAAUUUGUCAUUCUGCUGCACGUCUCCUCAUUCUCUCCGGCGCCGACUCCUCGGCCAUAUUCACCUAUGCCCACGGUCGCUGCGCCCAGUCCGCUCGGAGUACCGGACGACAAGCUGAGCUCGAGCACCGGUAUCUCACGCAACCGCAGCGCCAUGGCACCUAACAACCUCAGGCCUUCCAACAUGCGGGACCCUCCGCAUAGCGCACAACCCCACCAAACAUUCGCCAUUCCGACGCUGCCACGAUUCGGGACGUCAAGAAGAGACGGCAUUGACAAUUCGACACCUGUGCAGAGCUAGUGGUGCCUACCCGCUCGUGUGCACCCCUUGGGCCCAUUUGAUGAACUAAAUUAUUCCAUCCAUGACACUUCGCGCUUGGGGCAGCACUCAUUACCUACCAUAAUACUUUCCCGCAUGUUAUCUACGCAUAGUGUAAU